AGGUUCCCGCAUCUCACUGCCCUUUUCUCUACAAUUUCCACAUUUUAGUCUUGCAGAUUUCGUGUAAUACUUAACCGGGAUCAUCAUGAAAAUAAUACUUCUUUGUGGUUUGCUGGGCACCAUCUCUGCUGAGAUACUGCCAUCCAGCACCUACGGAGCCCCGAACGGAGGGUUCUCAAACGGUUUUGGCUUUGGAGCUGCGAACGGAGCCUCAAACGGUUUCGGUGCCCCAAGCAAUGGUUACUCUGCACCAAGCAACUCCUAUGGACUGCCAAAUGGCGGAUACGGAGUAGACCCUGAGAUCGCCGCUCUGAGUGAGAACAUUCCAGGGGGCGGCGUCCCCGGCGAGGACUACCCCAUCUUGGCUUCCGUGCCCGACACCGGCUUCUCCUGCGAUGCCCAGGCGGUGCAAGGUUAUUACGCCGACACUGCAGCUGAAGCCGGCUGCCAGGUGUUCCAUAUCUGCCAGGACCGCGCCCUCAGGCGCCAACAGGACUCCUUCCUGUGCCCCAACGGUACCAUCUUCAACCAGCAGUACCUGGUAUGUGACUGGUGGUUCAACGUGGACUGUUCUCAAGCUGAGAGCUUCUACUCCGUCAACGAGCUCAUCGGAGUCGUUCCCGACGCCGGUUAUGCUUAUGCUGCCGCCACCAACGGCCUCCUCAACGGAAACGGAUAUGGAUCCAACGGCAACGGAGGGAACGGAAACGGAAGGAACGGAGCUAACGGAAGGAAUGGCAACGGAGCCACCAAUGGAAAUGGAUAUCGCUCAAACGGCAACGGCAACGGUGCCAAUGGCUUCAACGGCAACGGCAGAAACGGCUAUGGUUCUAAUGGCAACGGCAACGGAGUCUCCAAUGGCAACGGCAGGAACGGCUAUGGUUCUAAUGGCAACGGAGCGAACGGUGUCAAUGGAAAUGGUCUCAACGGCAAUGGAUAUGGAUCUAAUGGAAACGGCUUCGGAAGAAGCUCACUGAAUGGCAAUGGCAAUGGUGCAAAUGGAAAUGGUAAUGGAAACGGCAAUGGUGUUAAUGGCAAUGGAAAUGGGUACAACGGCAAUGGUGCAAAUGGUAAUGGCAAUGGAAAUGGGUACAACGGCAAUGGUGCAAAUGGUAAUGGCAAUACAACGGCAAAAAAUGGCAAUGGAAUGGCAGUGGAAACGGAUAUAAUGGUAAUGGAAACGGCAAUGGCGUUAAUGGCAAUGGAAAUAGAUACAAUGGCAAUGGUGUAA